GUUUUGUGGGGAGUGCCUACAGCCCUGCCUGCAGGUGCCAUCUCCCCUGUGCCCCCUCUGCCGUGUGCCCUUUGAUCCCAAGAAGGUGGAGAAGGCUUCCAGUGUGGAAAAACAGCUCUCAUCCUACAAGGCUCCAUGCAGAGGUUGCAGCAAGAAGGUGACCCUUGCCAAGAUGCGCUCCCACGUCUCAUCCUGUGCCAAGGUGCAAGAGCAGAUGGCCAACUGCCCCAAGUUUGUUCCAGUUGUCCCUACAUCCCAGCCCAUCCCCAGCAACAUUCCCAACCGCUCGACAUUUGUUUGUCCAUACUGUGGUGCCAGGAACUUGGACCAGCAGGAGCUGGUGAAACACUGCAUGGAGAACCACAGGAACGACCCCAACAAAGUGGUGUGCCCAGUGUGCUCGGCCAUGCCCUGGGGCGAUCCCAGCUACAAGAGUGCUAACUUCCUUCAGCACCUCCUCCACAGGCACAAGUUCUCCUACGACACCUUUGUGGACUACAACAUCGACGAGGAGGCAGCGCUGCAGGCAGCCCUGGCCCUGUCCCUGUCUGAGAACUGA